AUGGCUGACAAAGAGGCAAAGCCUUCCAGCCACUCAGGAGAAAAGAAGGAUGGAGAAUACAUUAAAUUAAAAGUUAUAGGUCAGGACAACAGUGAAAUCCAUUUCAAAGUGAAAAUGACCACACAGCUAAGAAAGUUGAAGGAGUGUUACUGUCAGCGGCAGGGUGUUCCCCCAAAUUCUUUUCGAUUUUUGUUUGAAGGUCAGCGGAUUACUGAUCAGCAAACACCUAAAGAGAACCACCAGACCCCCUCCUUUAUGCUUACCGCUCUCAGUGCGAUUCCGGUCAGCUCAAACGGUCUGGAAGCUCUCUAUGGAAACGCUUUGAUCGGAUUUCAGCCGGUAUGUCCACUGCUCUGUUCACUAAACCGGCAGGCAUGA